GCUACUAACUACUUCACUCCCAAUAAAAAAGAAGAAGAAGUCACUCCUCCACCCAAACACCCCUCACUCCCUCUCAACUAUCUUCACCACCGCCAUGGACUCCGGCGGCGAGAUCCGGAUCCACCAACAACGCGGGCUUCCAGAUUUCUUACAAAGUGUAAAUCUAAAGUACGUCAAAUUAGGGUACCACUACUUAAUCUCCAACCUACUAACCUUAUGUUUUAUUCCCUUAAUCAUAAUUAUCUCCAUCGAAUCCUCGCAAAUGAAUAUCAAAGAUCUCCGCCAAUUAUGGAUCCAUCUUCAAUACAAUUUAGUCACGGUCAUCACUUGCUCCGCUUUUCUCGUCUUCGGUUUCACCGUUUUCAUUAUGACCCGACCCAGACCCGUUUACUUAAUCGAUUACUCCUGUUAUCGCGCUCCGGAUCAUUUAAAAGCACCGUUUAAUCAGUUCAUGGAGCAUUCGAGAUUGACUGGAGACUUCGACGACACGUCGCUUGAGUUUCAACGCAAGAUUUUGGAGCGGUCUGGGCUUGGAGAGGAGACUUAUGUCCCUGAAGCGAUGCAUUACAUUCCUCCUAGGCCGUCGAUGGCAGCGGCUAGAGAAGAAGCUGAACAGGUUAUGUUUGGUGCCUUGGAUAAUUUAUUUACUAAUACUCAAGUUAAUCCUAAAAGUAUUGGUAUUCUUGUUGUUAAUUGUAGUUUAUUUAAUCCUACACCAUCCCUUUCGGCAAUGAUUGUGAACAAGUAUAGAUUAAGGGGAAAUAUUAGGAGUUUUAAUUUAGGUGGGAUGGGUUGUAGUGCUGGUGUUAUUGCAAUUGAUCUUGCUAAGGAUAUGUUACAAGUUCAUAGGAAUACUUACGCGGUCGUUGUGAGUACUGAGAACAUUACUCAGAAUUGGUAUUUUGGGAAUAAAAAGUCUAUGUUGAUUCCCAAUUGUUUGUUUCGAGUUGGGGGUUCGGCGGUUUUGCUUUCAAAUGAGUCUGCUGAUAAAAGGAAGGGUAAGUAUAAGCUUGUUCAUGUUGUGAGGACACAUCGAGGAGCGGAUGAUAAGGCAUUUCGUUGUGUAUAUCAAGAACAGGAUGAUGCGGGGAAGACUGGUGUUUCGCUUUCGAAAGAUUUGAUGGCGAUUGCGGGAGGGGCUUUGAAGACUAAUAUUACUACUCUGGGUCCUCUUGUGCUUCCGAUUAGUGAGCAGCUUUUGUUCUUUGCAACUUUGGUGGUUAAGAAGUUAUUAAAUAAGAAGAUGAUGCCUUAUAUUCCGGAUUUUAAGUUGGCGUUUGAUCAUUUCUGUAUACAUGCUGGAGGGAGGGCUGUGAUUGAUGAGCUAGAAAAGAAUUUGCAACUCUUGCCGGUGCAUGUUGAGGCUUCUAGGAUGACUCUGCACCGGUUUGGGAAUACUUCAUCAAGUUCCAUUUGGUAUGAAUUAGCCUAUAUUGAGGCUAAACAAAGGAUGCAAAAGGGCAAUCGUGUGUGGCAGAUUGCAUUUGGAAGUGGUUUUAAAUGUAAUAGUGCAGUGUGGGAGGCACUCAGAGAUGUGAAGCCAUCUUGUAAUAGUCCCUGGGAAGAUUGUAUAGACAUGUAUCCGGUGAAGUUAGUUGCCUAGCUCAAGAACGACUGGAAUAGACUCUCCCUCCAGGGAACUGCUUAUCACUAAUUAGGAGUCUAGCUAUUCUGUCUUGUCUGUCAUUGAACUGUCCUUUCUGGGUCGUUUUAUUUUGGUUAUGGAAUUGCAGAUGUUGUUUUCCUUGUGUAUCCCUGUUUGUUCUGUUUUGUGCCUCACUUAACACCACCUAGUCAAAUAGAAAAAGAAAAAACCCUUCAUGUACACCUUUCAGAUACCAGUUCUUUAUGUUUAACGGCCGGUUUAGCCAUUGACUAAUUUACUAAAAACAUUUUUUUGUCUAA